AUGAACGGAGACGACGGCCGGGCAGCGCCCAAGGAGGAGCGGCAGUGGGCCAACGCCGAGGCCGACGUCGAGGCCGACGGCGACAGCGACGACCGCAGCGGGGCGCUGAAGCAGUUCCGCACCGCCACGAGCGUCUCCAUGAGCCCCGAGCUGUUUGAGAAGCUGUACCUGUCGCCCAAGAACAACAUCAAGGGCAAUCUCAGGGCCACCUUUGGCAACCCCAGUCCCAUUGGCAUGGCUGGCUUCCUGCUGUGCCUGACUCCCCUGUCCAUGGACCUCAUGGGCUGGAGCGGCGCCACCGGCAAGGGCGUUGCAAACGUCGGCGCCUACCUCUUCCAGGGCGGCAUCCUCAUGAACCUCGGCUGCGUCCUCGAGUGGAUCCUGGGAAACACCUUCCCCGCCGUCGUCUUCGGCGUCUACGGCACCUUUUGGCUCGCCUUUGCCGCCACCCUGAGCCCGUCCUACGGCGCCUACGCCUUUUAUGCGCCCCUCGACGCAAAGACGCCCCUGGCCGGCCUCAAGGCCCCCGGCUUCAACGCAGGUCUCGGCUUCUGGUUCCUCUUCAUGGGCUUCAUCAGCCUCAUCUUCUUCAUCUGCUCCCUGCGGACAAACGUUUGCUUCUGCGUCAUCUUCUUCAGCCUCGUCAUCUCCUUUGGACUGCAGACAGGAGGAUCCCUCCUUUCCGCCGCCGACUUCGCCGCCAACGCCCACCACGUCCAUCAAAUGCGCGUGGCCGCCGGCGCCAUGACCUUCGUAGCCUGUUGGUCCGGCUGGUACAUCCUCUUCGCCAGUCUUCUCGCCUCGGUCGACUUCCCCAUCCAGCUGCGUGUCGGCGACCUGAGCACCGUCAUCAAGGGCAGGCAGGAGCGGACGGGGCGACACAUCAGGCGCGAUUGA